GUCUGUAAAGGUUGCGGGGGAUUCGAGAAGGCGAGGUAGGAAGGCACUGGUAAGAAGGAGGAAAAAAAAAAAGGGAAGGCGCUUCCUGCCCAGGCUCACUCUCCCAAGAGCAGAGAAGUUGGGAGCUGAGCGGGGUGCGGAGGAGCGUUGGUAGCGGGAGAAGUGGUACGCUCCUCCGCUCGCCCUCUAGCGCGGGCGGGCAGGACGCGCGCGCUAGGGAGCGGCGGUUGCACUGGGCCCCCAGAGCUGUGGGCACCAAUCAACGGUUGCCAUAGCAGCGUUUGACGUCAUCGUGCGUGUGGUGCCCCUGCUGUCGGGGCUGGUGAUUGGAGGAAACCCCGUGUCUGCGGAGCCGCUGUAGCCUGUGAGCAGCGAGAUCUACGGACAGAGUCUCAGCCUCGCCGCUGCCGCCCGGAGACUGCUGAGCCCCCGUCCGUCCGCCGCCACCCACUCGGGACACAGAACAUCCAGUCAUGGAUAAAAAUGAGCUGGUGCAGAAGGCCAAACUGGCCGAGCAGGCUGAGCGAUAUGAUGACAUGGCAGCCUGCAUGAAGUCUGUAACUGAACAAGGAGCUGAAUUAUCCAAUGAGGAGAGGAAUCUUCUCUCAGUUGCUUAUAAAAAUGUUGUAGGAGCCCGUAGGUCAUCUUGGAGGGUCGUCUCGAGUAUUGAGCAAAAGACGGAAGGUGCUGAGAAAAAACAGCAGAUGGCUCGAGAAUACAGAGAGAAAAUCGAGACCGAGCUAAGAGAUAUCUGCAAUGAUGUACUGUCUCUCUUGGAAAAGUUUUUGAUCCCCAAUGCUUCACAAGCAGAGAGCAAAGUCUUCUAUUUGAAAAUGAAAGGAGACUACUACCGUUACUUGGCAGAGGUUGCUGCUGGUGAUGACAAGAAAGGGAUUGUAGAUCAGUCACAACAAGCAUACCAAGAAGCUUUUGAAAUCAGCAAAAAGGAAAUGCAACCAACACAUCCUAUCAGAUUGGGUCUGGCCCUUAACUUCUCUGUGUUCUAUUACGAAAUUCUGAACUCCCCGGAGAAAGCUUGCUCUCUUGCAAAGACAGCUUUUGAUGAAGCCAUUGCUGAACUUGAUACAUUAAGUGAAGAGUCAUACAAAGACAGCACGCUAAUAAUGCAAUUACUGAGAGACAACUUGACAUUGUGGACAUCGGACACCCAAGGAGACGAAGCUGAAGCAGGAGAAGGAGGGGAAAAUUAACCGGCCUUCCAACUUUUGUCUGCCUCAUUCUAAAAUUUACACAGUAGACCAUUUGUCAUCCAUGCUGUCCCACAAAUAGUUUUUUGUUUACGAUUUAUGACAGGUUUAUGUUACUUCUGUUUGAAUUUCUAUAUUUCCCAUGUGGUUUUUAUGUUGAAUAUUAGGGGAGUAGAGCCAGUUAACAUUUAGGGAAUUAUCUGUUUUCAUCUUGAGGUGGCCAAUAUGGGGAUGUGGAAUUUUUAUACUAGUUAUAAAUGUUUGGCAUAGUACUUUUGGUACAUUGUGGCUUCACAAGGGCCAGUGUUAAAACUGCUUCCAUGUCUAAGCAAAGAAAACUGCCUACAUAUUGGUUUGUCCUGGUGGGGAAUAAAAGGGAUACUUGGUUCCAGAUACAGGUGUAGUUUUUGUGUGGGUACUUUAAGGUUUGGAGCACUUACGAGGCUGUAGUAGAAAUGGGUAUUCUGUAGAUACCGUGUAUGGAACCAUGAGAAUCUGUGGAAUACUCAACUCUCAGUGUGCACACCUUUGAUUACAGUUGCAGAAGUGUUCCUUUAGUUGUGACCCAAUUUACUCUGGAUAAGGGCAGAAACGGUUCACAUUCCAUUAUUUGUAAAGUUACCUGCUGUUUGCUUUCAUUAUUUUUGCUACACUCCUUUUAUUUGUAUUUAAAUGUUUUAGGCAACCUAAGAACAAAUGUACAAGUAAAGAUGCAGUAAAAAUGAAUUGCUUGAUAUCCAUUACUUUAUGUGUAUCAAGCACAGCAGCAAAAUAAAAAUCCCAUGUAUUUAA